AAACUGCAUUCGUUCUUGAACAAAAAGAUUCCGUUCACAUUUGGAUGCUUUGUGGAGAUUCUGUUUGUUGAUGGAAGUUGCUUCUACCCAUUUAUAUCGCUCAGUAGGGUUUAGAAGACUACGUAGAAUAGUCAAUGAAGCGUAUCUAGCUUCGUUAUUAGAAAGCCGUUACCCCUAUUCUCAAAUAGGCGAAGAAUGCAGCUCUCGUGGACUUUCCAUAGAAGACUUUCGUAUGUCUUGGAAAAGUGCCUUUGGUGAAAUUGUGACUAGUCGUGAAAAAUUGGCUGCCUUUGAACCUUUAAGAAAUGUUACGGAGGAAGAGGAGGAAAAGUUUCUUAUGACACUUUCUCUGAAGCGUAAAGGUAGGGUAAUGAGUGAACGUGAGCGCCAGUCCCAACCCUUGGAAGAAAAGAACGAGAACUCUGCCACUUUAACUCGUUUGGGAAAGGAAAGAUUCUGCAAAAUGGAUAAGAGAGUUUGUUCUUUUUUAACGAGUAAUCCAUCUGCGUUGCCAAUGGUUACUGAGAUAGAAUCCCGUAUUUUAGUUUUGUAUCCUAUGGGAGGUUGUCUUAUGCUGGAUAGUGCUUUUGAACUUUUUCUUGCUCAAGGAGUGGCACAAUUCUACGGUUUCAAGUCUCAUAAUAGUGGAACCGAUGAAACGGGUAGACAAGUGUUAUUUUUGGAAAAGUCAAGUUUUGGUAAAAGCAAGACACCAUUAGUAUACCUGACAAAUAUUCUUUCAUCAUCGAUGGAAUCUGCCUUCAGAUGACAUAAUCUUUACUUGGAUAAAUGCAUAUAUAACAAUUUGUACAGUUCUUUGAUAAUAUAUCAUCUCUUGGAUAGACCUGCCGGGAUCCUUGAGAAAGAGUUGUAUGGCCAUGUUUAAGUAUUUUCUUUCAAAGAAAAUAUACAUAAGAUAUAGACAACGCAGAAUGUUUCUUGUAUGAGGUAUUUGAAACAUUCUAUGGUUUGAGAGAAUAUAUUGAUUGCAAACACAUUUACCACCGCAAGUAUUUAACUCGGCUCGGACAACAAGUGUUGCUUUUUAUCCGAAUGACAAAGAUGCUUCCUUUUCAAAAAUAUGAUGAGGCUUGGAAUAUAAGAUAUUAAAAGAGUAAACAAAACA